AUGUCCGUCACUCCGCCCACUUCAAUUUGUCCCUAUGGUGACUCCUCGGAUGAUCAGAAUGUUCUCUUGCAUACUCAGAUCGAAUCUAUUCCAUCUACUCGCCAGUGCUCCCGUCUUAAAACGGUGGCAUAUCUCCUUGGUGCCCGUCAAGACCUACCUGAUCUGGUCCACGACUCAGAGACCAACCGCAUCCGUGCUGUUCAGUCGUGGUACUCGUCUGAAUCAUCAGAUGAACAACCGUCAGAACCACACCCCACCUGCUACCAAGGGCCCAAGCAGCCCGAGCAUCUUGAGAAAGGUCAUUUUUUUGCUGAAUCGGACCAUCCCUUGGAUAUACUCAACUCCACAAGGGCUGUAAUGGACCUCCCAAAAACAUACGAGCAUUUGGGAUGGUGCUUGUCCACAGCCCGCCGCACAGACGUGCCACAUCAACUUUUGACUUCUCUAGAUAUCUCGAGUGCCUUCAAGGCUGCGAGGACGGAGCAGAGGUCUGGACAGAAGAAGAAAGUUGUGAUUGAUAUCGUCAAUACCUCACGGUAA